GUCAAAGCUUUGGAACAAAUUACUUGAAAGUGUGAGAGUUUUAUGCAAAUACAUGAAAGAAGUAUGGGUAAUGUGUAAUUUGUGGAUGUGAAUAUUAUUGGCUCGACACUGAGUGUUUUUGCUUCUUCGCUUUGUUCUCGCGUCUUGUUCGUUUGUCGGCGUCGAUGGACUACUCAUUGCUGAGCUCGCUGGUGAGGGCGGUGCUGCCGUCGCAGGAGCGCAAGAAGAAAGAGCUCCCGCCGGAGGCAGAGGCGUCAGGGCACCCGGAGGUGGGAGAGGGAGGCGGCGGAUGGGAUGACGACGACCCGGGGUGGGCCACCGUGGGCUUGUCGGUGGUCCGCAUCGUGGCCUGCUUCGUGACGAUGAUGGCGACGACGAUCGUGUGGGCGCUGAUAAUGUUCCUGUUGUUUCCGUGGCCAUACGAGAGGAUCCGGCAGGGCAACCUCUGGGGCCACCUCACCGGCCGCCUCAUGAUGUGGAUUUUAGGGAAUCCCAUUAUCGUUGAAGGGUCUGAAUUCUCCAACACAAGGGCUAUCUACAUCUGCAAUCAUGCAUCGCCGAUUGACAUUUUUCUUGUCAUGUGGCUGACCCCAACUGGAACUGUUGGCAUAGCCAAAAAAGAGAUCAUUUGGUAUCCACUAUUUGGCCAACUUUAUGUGUUGGCAAACCAUCUCCGAAUUGAUCGAUCAAACCCAGCUGCAGCUAUUCAAUCAUUGAACGAGAUUGCUAGUGACAUUAUGAAAAACAACUUGUCGCUGAUCAUUUUCCCAGAAGGCACCCGCUCGAGAUCAGGGAGGCUUCUUCCAUUUAAGAAGGGCUUCAUGCACAUUGCACUACAAACGCGAUUGCCCAUCGUGCCAAUGGUGUUCACAGGUACACAUCUCGCUUGGAAGAACAACAGUUUGAAGGUGAGACCCACACCAAUCACAGUGAAGUACCUUCAACCAAUAAAAACAGAUGAUUGGGAAGGAGGAGGGAUGAACGAGUAUAUAGAGUUGAUACACAAAUUAUACGUCCAACACUUGCCGGAUUCCCAGAAGCCAUUAACAUGAGCAAAAACCCAAACAAUUAUGAAGUGAAGAAUCAAGUGCAAUCCCGGAAUAUAUUGUAGCAAUUAGUUCUGUAUGUCAUACAUUAUAUAGAGAUCUAAAAUUAUAUGGUGAAGCAUCGUUGUAAAGUUGUUUCAAAAGUAAAUCUGAAGCUUCUUUUAACUUUGUA